AUGAACACCCUUUUCUACAGGCUAGUUUUUUCACGUGGUCACAGAGCUUUCUUCUCCUUUUUCUUCGUCUUCAAUGGAGAUAUGAAUGUUGCUGGUUUUGUAACGAUUGUUUUGGUUCUGGGAGUAAUGUGUUUAAUAGGUCGUCAUGCAUUUAUUUCAAAGUCUUCGACUUUGGAUUCCGGGUUGCUCCUGUUUCAAUUUUGGGGUCAGGAAGUGGAUCUACUCGAUUGUUUCGUUCUUAGUUUGCGUUUUGGUCCUCUAUUUGUUCCUUACUUCUCAGAAAUAUCUCAACUCCAAUUUUGUUUAAUGGCAAAGUUUGUCCCUGUGGAUUCAGUUCUAGUUAAUGGCUUUGAGGAGCAAGCAUUUUCUCCGUAUUGUUAUGACGUUUAUGAUGAUUUUGGUGAUCCAAACAUAUUUCCUAAGGUGGGUGAGCAGUACCAGGCUGAAAUUCCACCUUUAAUGUCAGAAUCUGACUGUUCUUGGUUUCAAAAGAAGCCACGUGAUGCAGAAAGAACAUGUACCUUCAAUGAGUCUCAAUUAGGAUUACCAAUUUGUAUAAUUUGGAUCAAGGAUGAAGUAGAGGACAAUAAGCAUGAACCCGAGGACAUUGACAUUACAUUGGUCAAUGGAACAAAAUUGGGGGCAUCUGGAAAUUCCAGUGUGCAACAAGAAACAAAGAUUGGGGUGCAUGAGAAUAAAUGCAAAGGCCAUUGUCUGGUUCCUGGGUCUUCAACUGACACCUGGAAUGAAAUAGAAGAGGCCAGUUUCACCCUUGGCUUGUAUAUAUUUGGGAAGAAUCUUGUUAAAGUGAAAAGAUUUAUUGGCAAUAAGACAAUGGGGGAUAUAAUGGCAUUCUACUAUGGGAAAUUUUAUAAGUCUGAGAGAUAUCAAAGGUGGUCUGAAUUGAGGAAAAUGAAAAGCAGAAAAUGCAUUCAUGGGCAAAAAAUUUUCACAGGACCAAGGCAACAAGAGCUUUUAUCUCGUUUACUACCCAAUGUACCAGAGGAAUGCCACAGCAAAUUUCUUGAGGCUUCAGUUGGGCUCAAUACUCUUGUUGAGGCAGUUGGAGUUGGUACAAAAAAAGAUCUUACAGGUCUCACUCCAGAUUCUGUGAAGUCCACUCAGGCACUUCAUGUUCGUCUAGAAAAACCAGUUGGCAAAGAUUGCUCAAGGCUUACACCUGUAGAAAUAAUAAACAUUCUAACAGGAAAUUUCAGAUUAAGUAAAGCUCGAUCAGGUGAUCUCUUCUGGGAAGCUGUUUGGCCUCAUUUACUUGCUAGAGGUUGGCACUCUGAGAAGCUGGGAAGUGAUGAUAAUUAUGUUGUUGCUUAUAAGCAUCCUCUUAUUUUCUUAGUCCCUCGAGUUACAAAUGAUGAUUGCAUAACCAAGGAAGGAAAUGGAUGUACUAAGGAAACAAAACUGGACCAGGAAAACUCCCCUGAUUCGCAACACCAUUGCUAUCCCAUGCCGCCAACUCCAAUUUGCAGUACAGAAGUAAAUAACACAACUUUGAGUAGAACUGAGAUAACUGAGAAGGAUUCUACUUCUGAAGAUGAUUGUAACAAUGAGGAUGCUUCAGAGGAGCAAACAAAAGGAUCUGACUUUUUGGAUUCUGUGUGCUUGGAUAAGGGUAAGACUGAUGCUUCUGAUGCCAGUAAAUUUAUCAUCAUUGCUAAGAAAGUCCCUUCUCGCAUUAAUGGUAUAGAAAAUAAACAUUUAGAAGAAGUGGUUCCAAUAAGAAGCAUUGGUUCUACUAAUCCAUCUGUGGUCUCCAAGGACCAGAAGACAGACUUGUUGAGUAACACACAGGAAAUAGAUGCUAUGGAGUGCCAAUCAAUCAAGAGAAAGGUACCCGAUAGCAACAAUAUUGAAGAUCCUCCUGUUACAAAAAAUGGAGAUUAA